GCUUCCUGCCCGGAGGCUGCCUGGGUGUGAGCCCACGGGACAGAUUGCUGUGAUUAGGCAACGGCCUCGGCAGCCUCUCCCCUUUCGUUUUCUCCUGCCUCUUCCUCCCUGGCGGGCAGCAGCACCCCCAGCCUGGCAGCGCCAUGGAGCCCAGCGCCAGGGAGCCUCUGCUCAGGAGGGGCAGCUCCUCGUACCGCACCUUCCCCGGCAGCACCGCCAAGAGGCUCGACCAGCAGUACCUGAGGAGCCUCCACAACCAGCGGCUCUACCUGGCUGCCUUUGCUGCCGUGCUGGGGAACUUCAGCUUCGGCUUCGCCCUGGUGUAUCCCUCCCCUGUCAUCCCUGCCCUGGAGGCUCAGCCCGACCCCGCCCUGCGGCUGGACCAGCACUCAGCAUCCUGGUUCGGGUCGGCGUUCACGCUGGGAGCGGCCGCGGGGGGGCUCAGCACCAUGCUGCUCAACGACCGCCUGGGCCGCAAGCUCAGCAUCAUGUUCUCGGCGCUGCCCUCGGCGCUGGGGCUGGCACUGCUGGCUGGUGCCCAGGGCUUCACCAUGCUGCUGCUGGGACGCAUCCUGACCGGAUUCGCCGGCGGCGUCACCUCCGCAGCCAUCCCGGUCUACAUCUCAGAGAUCUCCCACCCUGGGGUCAGGGGAAUGCUGGGUGCCUGUCCUCAGAUCAUGGCAGUGCUGGGCUCCCUCAUCCUGUAUGCCCUGGGACUGGUGCUGGACUGGCGCUGGCUGGCCGUGGCAGGGGAGGUGCCUGUGCUCAUCAUGAUCAUCCUGCUCUGCUUCAUGCCCAACUCACCUCGGUUCCUGCUCUCCCAGGGUAAGGAGGAUGAGGCCCUGAGGUCCCUGAGCUGGCUGCGGGGCAAGGACACAGACUAUGCCCAGGAGUAUGAGCAGAUCAAGGACAGUGUGAGGAAGCAGAGCCAGAAGGUUUCCUGUGCUGAGCUCAAGGAUCCCUUCAUCUACAAGCCCAUCCUGAUAGCCGUGGGGAUGAGGUUCCUGCAGCAGCUCUCAGGUGUCACCUGUGUCCUCGUGUACCUGCAGUCAAUAUUCAAGAAGACAUCUGUCAUCCUGAGCCCAGAGUACGACGCAGCUCUGGUGGGCUUGGUGCGGCUGCUCUCGGUGGCCAUCGCCGCUGUGUCCAUGGACAAAGCUGGGAGGAAGAUCCUCCUCUUCGUGUCAGCUGGUGCCAUGUUGGCCUCCAACCUGACCAUGGGGCUCUAUGUCCACUUCAUGCCAGCUUCUCAGAAUGGCACCGCCGCCAACAGGACCCUGGUGAGCUCUGCCAGCCUCCCUGCUGAGCCAACGAACUACAUCACCCUCAUCCCUCUCCUGGCCACCAUGCUCUUCAUAAUGGGCUAUGCCAUGGGCUGGGGCCCCAUCACCUGGCUGCUGAUGUCUGAGAUCCUGCCUCUGAAAGCCCGUGGGGUGGCCUCGGGCCUCUGUGUUGUGGUGAGCUGGCUGACAGCCUUCACCCUGACCCAGUUCUUCCUCCGAGUCGUGGAUAACUUUGGCCUGGAGGUGCCCUUCUUCUUCUUCGCUAUCAUCUGCGCUGGGAACAUCUUCUUCACAGGCUGCUGCGUCCCAGAAACCAAAGGCAGGUCCCUGGAACAGAUCGAGGCCUUCUUCAGGACUGGCAGGAGGUCCUUCAUGAGGUAGAAGCCACCCUCUGCCCAGUCCACAGGCUGCAGGGCAAGAGGGCAAACCGUUGUGCAGCUGGAGUGGGUGCUGGGGCUCUCUGCAAAGGCAGUGGCAGAGGUGGCAGCGACUUUGGGUGUAGAAGUUGCCAGCUGGAACUCUACCUUCUCCUCCCAUCACUCCACACUACCUGUAGCUCCCUGGGAGCAUAUCAACCUGAGGCAUGGGAGCAGGCAGCCAGUGCCAGGCUAGAGAUAAAGGUGUCCUGGACAAGCAGAAGUGUGGCUGCAGACCAGAGAGAGACUAAGAGCAUCCUCUGGUCAGCAGCCACCAAAGCAGCCCAAGGCUUUGGCCAGAGCUUGCAGCUGUGAGCACUUUGGCCAAAGUCCAUCACCCAGCUGCAAGAAUAAAACAGUUCUGCCUCCAAGCUCGAGCUGUUGUCUUGAUCUGCAGAGAAGGGUGGGGUGUGAGAAGCAGACCAGGCUUGUGACAAGGGGACCACAACAGCCUGAAGCUUCCCUGAUGUACUUCAGGAGUGUGAAAGAGGCAGAGCCAGGUAGAGGGUAGAAAAAAGCUGCCAGGUUUUAUUGCUCUAACACCCACACAUUACACAAGGAACAAGACCAAAUGCAGCUGACAAAGACACUCCAGCAGCAAACAAGCAAGAGGAACAAACAUUCAGCUGUAGUGCAAGUGAUCCCCUGCAGGACAGACAGGGUGGGGGCUCACAACACCUUCUACCCGGGUGGCUCCUUCCCACCACAGGGGUUUUGCUCACCCCCAGAGAGGAAGGUGGAUGCAUCUCCAUCACUGCUGUGUGUGGAGCUUCCCAGCUCCACCACUUGGAGAUUUCAAGUGCAUAGUUGGUAGCAAAGCUCCUCCCUGCAGGUGGGCAAGGCCAGGCUGGAUGGGGUCCUUGAGCAACCUGGGCUAGUGGAAGGUGUCCCUGGUGGAACUAGGUCAUGCUUAAGGUCCCUUCCAACCUGAC